AUGAAUACCCUUCCACUACAAUAUCAAAGUCUGAAAGCAGUUCUCUUGCAUAUGGAUCCAAAUGUCAGAUUUAUAAUUUCUCACCGCCUUCCACCCAUUAGCUCAACAGAAAAGGUGGUGCCUCUGCGAAUCGAAGAAUUAGAUCUCGGAGAUCUAACCACGACAGUAAACCAAACUACAUACAAGUUAGGCAUCUAUCGAGAGUACAAAAAAGGAGAAAAAAUACCUUGGAGAGCCCAGAGGUACAACGAUUUCGGAGGAUUUCCUCUCGAUUUCGAUCGAUUUGGAUUCGAAAUAUUCCCUGGGCACAAUGCAUUGAAUCCUGGAGAUGUCUCAUUGCCAUGUCCAUAUAAUCUCGUGAGUCAAGUAGAGAGGGAUACGGUGCAUAUUGAACGGAUGCAUCGAACUCGUUUAAAGUUUUAUCAGAAUGUUCUAAAAACUCGUCUGGGAUCAGAAAAUGUAGAGAUUUCUGACGGAGAGGGUGAAGACACAAUCUUGGAGCAUUAUUACAUGAGCCUUCCAAUAGAGGAACUGGAGAGACAUAUCGGAGAGAUAUACGAAGAUCUUCAGCCGUUUGAAUGUCGUCGGUUCAACCUGAAACCACCAUUUGUAUGUUACAUUAUGUUUACAAUAACUUCAAAGAGUCACAAAGAAAUCUCCCUGAUGCCAUACAAUAUGAAGUUGCAUGAAGCCAUGAAGGACUUGAACAGCUUCUUAUUUGGAGGAAGACAUCAAUCAAUUCAAGUUCAGAAAUUACAGUUAUCCAUCAACGGAACCAUUUUGAGGCUACCAGUUGGUUUCAAAAUUGAAACAGAACAACUCAAAGGAUUAAAUAAUUUGUCAAUGCGACACGAUGCUAUAAUUUCAAUGCUUGAUAAAAAAUCCUUCCCAUUAAAGAGUGUCAGCUUCUUUGCGGACGACGAACCAGAUUUUCAAUUUUCGGAUAUGGGGAAAACAAAGAGUUUUACAGCGAUGGAUGUUAACCCAGAGAUUGACUUAUUUUCUAUUCUGAAAACACUUUCCAACCAACGAGUCAACUUGAGUUUUUACGAUUCAGAUUUUGAAAUCGGGGAGUAUCUUGGUUUAGUUCAGAGUUGGAUAGAAAAUGAACGACCGAUUGGUACCUGCUACUCAUUUGGAAUAGAGGAAGAAGACACAGCACGUCAAAUAUUGAAACUAGUCAGGGCAAAUGUGGAGGGAGCGAAAAGAAGCAAAAGAUGUGUCUCGAUUCCUAUCAGGAAUUUUGCAAGAUUGGAGCUCUAUUACAUCCCAAUGAAAUCUCUGAAUGACUCGGAAAAAGAGGAGUUUAUGUAUUAUUGGUGGCCUGACCUCGUUACAUCCAUCAUGCGAGGGAUCAAUAUGAUGUACACCGAGUAUCAAAAUGAAAAAAUCCCCCUGCAGUAUGAGAGUCUGAAAGCAGUUUUGCUCUACAUGGAACCAAAUGUUAGGUUCAAACUUGGUCACCGCCUCCCAUCCAUUCGUUUAACCGAGAAAAUAGUUCCGCUUCGAAUUGAAAGUUUAGAACUAACCUCGCAUUCCACCAAAAUAAACGACACUGAAUACCUGAUUGGACUCUUUCAAGAAUACAAUCCCGGAGAAAAAGUUCCAAAAGCUAUUCAGAAUUCCAACGAAAAAGGCGGAGUUUUUGGUGACUUGGAUCAAUACGGAUUCUUUUUUUCAUCCGGUUAUUUUGUAGUGGAACCUGGAGAUGUGGCACUCCAGAUAAAAAGUGAUGUGACUCAGGAAUCAAUGGAUGAUAGUCGAGCUCGGAGGGAACGAGAGUAUAAGUAUUAUCUGCAACGUAAUGAAGAAGCAUUUGCUGCCAAACUCAACCCAGAAAUACCACAUGAUAGAUACAAUCGUUUUAUCGAAAAAUCUGUCGAGAAUCUCGAAGAUAGUAUUGAUUUAUACAGCACGUGUCUUCAACCAUACGAACGUCGGCGUAAAAACCUCAAAGUUCCGUAUGUAUGUCAUCUCCAACUCACAAUAAAAUCAGAAGGAAAUAAACAAACACAAAGAUAUCCAUACGAAAUGAAGCACUACGUGGCUGUAAAACGUUUAAAUACUUUCUUAUUUGGAGGAAGACGUUCUGUAAUCAAAGUUCAAACGUUUAAUCUAUCAUAUCAGCGAACAACUUUAAGACUACCGAUUGGAUUUCGAAUUUCAACAAAACAAGUCAAGAACUUUGAUGACAUUACUAACCGGGACAGAGCUAUUUGUUCAAUGUUAGACCCAUCAUCAUUCCCAUUAGACCGUCUUCAUAUGGAUUUAGCUGUCGCUGAAGAUUUCGAUCUCCCGUGGAUCCAAAACGCAAGAAUUUUGUAUGUUGGCUUGUUGCCGACCGAUGAUUUCUGGGUGUUGGGGACUCUUUUCAAUUGGAGAAUUUUUUUCAAAUGUGAUUGGAGAGAUGUUUCGAUACAGGAAUGUUUCGAGUGGGUUUCGGAAUGGAUUGAGAAUGAGCGACCAGUUGGAUCAUGCUUAUCUUUUGGAAUUGUAAAGGAAGAGGCAGCAAUUGAACAUCUAGAAAUGAUCAGAUCGCGAGUGGAAGGAUCGGAAGUUUCGGACAGGUACAUCUCAGUUCCCACUGCGUUUGACACCAGACUGGAGGUAUUCUACUUUCCAGUAAAGGAUCUUCAGAACAUGGAGCAGAUUGAAUUUUACGAAAAAUCGAAUUGGAUUAUGAAAUUGAAAAUUGCCCAGUAA